AGAAAAAGAAAAAAAGAGUUAGGUAUUAUCACCACGUCUAUUAUCUUAUGACUGAUCUAUGUCCGUAAAAUAAUUCAACCCAUUUGAUCCUAUAUAAUGCAAAAUAUGUAGAAACGUUGUUUAAAGAUUUUAUUCGAAUAUGUUUUUCAUGCAGGAAUAUAUAUGCAUAUGUAGAGUGUGAUUACUCGUUGCAUUUGUAGCAUAAGUAUAUAUGUAUACGAUUGAUAAUUUUUAGAAAAUAAAUUACAUAUCACUAUUAAAAAAUUUGCGUCCUUUAUUUAAAUUAUAUUUAAAUUAUAUUUUACAUUAAAUUAGAUUUUUUUCUUUGACCUACAUAUAUUGUUACGUAAUUAAAUAGGUAAAGGUUAUAUGUAGGUUAAAAUACAAUAGUUUUGUGUCGAAAAAGGAAGUUGAACGACGAUUAAAAAUAAUGCCUGAAAAUAUUACUCGUUUUGGGCCUCUUAUCGGUGCAAUCGAUGAAGGUACGAGUAGUGCUAGAUUUUUGGUAUUCGACGUUUUACAAAGAAAAGUAGUGGCAUCUCAUCAAAUUGAAAUUAAACAAAAAUAUCCUCAAGAAGGAUGGGUAGAACAAGAUCCAAAGGAGAUUCUCCAAGCUGUAAUACAGUGUAUAAAAAAAACAGUAGAAAAAUUAACAGAUCUCAACAUAAGUAUAUCAGAUAUCAAAGCAAUUGGUAUCACAAAUCAAAGAGAAACCACUUUACUCUGGGAUAAGGAAACAGGAGAACCUUUGCAUAAUGCGAUUGUAUGGUUAGAUAUGAGAACAACAACAACGAUGGAAAAUGUGCUCGAUAGUAUUCCAAAUAAAACUAGAAAUAAACAUUAUUUAAAACCUCUUUGUGGUCUUCCAAUGUCUCCUUAUUUUAGCGCAUUAAAAAUACGGUGGUUAAUUGAUAACAUAUCACGUGUAAAGCAGGCUGUUGAAGCAAAAAAGUGUGCUUUUGGAACGGUUGAUACUUGGUUGAUAUGGAAUCUUACCAAGGGACAAUUGCAUAUAACAGAUGUAUCUAAUGCAUCACGUACAAUGUUAAUGAAUAUAGAGACUUUAAAAUGGGAUCCUUUAUUAUGCCGUUUCUUUGGAAUACCUCAACAUAUUCUUCCAGAAAUAAGAUCAAGUGCUGAAGUAUAUGCUACUAUCUCAAAUCCUCAAGUUUUGGCUGGUAUACCUAUCGCAGGUUGUGUAGGCGAUCAGCAAGGAGCUUUGUUAGGUCAGUUGUGUUUAAAACCAGGAGAGGCAAAAGCUACUUAUGGCACUGGCUGUUUUUUACUUUAUAAUACUGGAAAUGUUAAAAUUGAUUCAACUCAAGGUUUAAUAACAACGAUUGCUUAUAAAAUAGGAAAAUCACCAGCAAUUUAUGCGCUAGAAGGAUCAGUAGCAGUAGCAGGAGCUGCUUUAGCCUGGUUGAAAGAUAAUUUAGAACUCUUUAGUAAUCUUGCACAGUCACAAGAUAUGGCAGAAAGUGUAAGAUGUUCUGGAGAUGUAUAUUUCGUCCCAGCAUUUUCUGGAUUAUAUGCCCCUUAUUGGCAACAAGACGCUCGCGGAGUUAUCUGUGGUAUUACUGAAGAUACACAACAGUAUCAUAUUAUAAGAGCUGCUCUUGAAGCUGUAUGUUUCCAAACAAGAGAUAUUUUAGAAGCUAUGGUAAAAGAUUCUGGUACCAAAUUAAUGACACUUCAAGUCGAUGGUGGAAUGACUGUAAAUAAUUUAUUGAUGCAACUUCAGGCAGAUUUAACUGGAAUAAGCGUUGUAAGACCUAAUAUGGUAGAAACAACAGCCUUAGGUGCAGCUAUUUUGGCAGGUCUUGGAAUUGGUAUAAUUGAUAUUAAUGAUAUAGAUGCAUCGCAAGUUACAAAAUUUACACCAACGAUAGGAGAAGAUGAACGAGAUCUCAGAUAUUCUAAGUGGAAAAUGGCUGUAGAAAGAUCCAUGAAAUGGGAUAGUGCUUCAACUUUGAUGAAUGAUUAAUUAUUUGUAUAAAUAUUGUAAAUAUUAAUUUUAGAAAGUUUAGAAAUGCUAAUGAAAUAAUUUACAUAUGCACAAAAAAA